CCGAGUCAGCGCUACGUGCUUAAAAGAUGGCGGCAUGUGUGAGUGUGGGAUCUGAUGUUUUUAUUAGCCUGAAGUUUUUGAUUUGAAGAGCUGUAUUUAAGCAGACGCUAAACGCCGGGUUUCCGAUCGCUUAGACUUGCGCUGUCCGUCGUUCAGAUGUCUGAGGGCAGAUAGACGGGGAUGUGAUCGGUCACCGCUUGGGGAGGUAGAGUUGGUGGCCAGGUUGUCAUGCUAAAACUGACAGCUGUACGUUAAUCAGCUAGCUGUUCACGUACACUAAGAAAGGGUAUAGUGCACGAAACCUUCAGAAAACGUGACCUUCUGUGCUUUCAGACACUACGGAGCCGCUAAAGUCAGUCAGAGCUGCUGUGGUCAUAUGUUUAAAAAGUAAGAUUAGGUGCUAUACCUUUGUUAGCAGGUGAACUGUCAGUCACUGAAUACUGCUGAUUAAGUAACUUUAACACCUUACAAUCCCAUAGAUAAAUCAGUCUUGUGUGUUUAGUGCAGUUUACACUGCUUUUAUUUACUCCGUAAAGCACCUGCAGCAUAUUGAAGCCUUUAAGCUCCUUUAAUGAGGAGGACAGGAUUCAAGCACUGAAUGACUGACUAUUUUCAUUGUGUAAUUCAUUUUGUGGUUUCUGGUCAUUUUCCCCAAUACUAUUGUGCGGUAGUAUAAUGCUAUCCCGAGCUUUAAGGAAAUCCCUUUCCUAUGGAAAUCCACUAGUGGCGGGUUUCACUGGGAGCUAUUGUAGUCGUCUGUGUUUUCAUCAGACCGCCGCGUGUAAAGCUGCUUCGCGAGCUGAAUGUGGCUUCAAACCGGCGAAGGUGGCUGUUGUGACGAAGACCACGCGGUAUGAAUUCGAGCAGCAGAGAUAUCGCUAUGCGGGACUGUCCGAGGAGGACCUUAAACAGUUGCUUGCACUGAAAGGAUCCAGUUACAUUGGGCUUCUGGAGAGACACAAUGUACACACCUUCAAUGUUGGACAGAUUGUGGACAGCCUACAGAAAGAAGGCAUUGAGGUGCGCAUUGUCAAAAGAGGAGAGUAUGAUGAGGACACAGUAAGAUGGGCUGAUGCCAUCAUCUCUGCUGGAGGUGAUGGCACCAUGCUACUAGUUGCCAGUAAAGUGUAUGAUAAGAACAAACCUGUAUUGGGGGUCAAUACAGACCCAGAAAGGUCAGAAGGUCACCUGUGUUUACCUGUGCACUAUACACACGCCUUUUCUGAGGCCUUACAGAAACUCAGGAAGGGGGAGUUCAGGUGGCAGUGGCGUCAGCGUAUCCGUAUGUAUUUGGAGGGCACCGGGAUCAACCCGACUCCAGUGGACCUGCACGAGCUGCAGCUGAGCCUCGAGCAGCACAGCAAGGCGCACCGCAUCACCACUCAAACUCAGAGCAGUAGGACACACGACAGUUCUGAAAGGCCUCACCUACUCCCUGUCCGAGGGCUCAAUGAGAUCUUCAUUGGGGAGUCCCUGUCAUCCAGGUUGAAGUAUAAAUCCUUCAAACCCCAUCUUAACCUCUCGCUUCAUAGGGCUUCAUACUACGAAAUCUCCAUCGAUGACGGGCCGUGGGAGAAGCAGAAGAGCUCAGGACUUAGCAUUUGCACUGGAACUGGAUCUAAAGCCUGGUCCUACAAUAUUAAUAAACUCGUGGAGCAGGCAGUGGAGGAUGUCCUUAGAAUAGGUAAAUUAAAAACUGGUUUGGAUGUUCCUCUAAAUCGGGAGUUCAUUGAGAGUGUGACUGAAACAUACAACAAGUCGCUGAUCUUUGACCCAGAGGAGGACAAACUUUUCUUCAGUAUAAGGGAGCCAAUAGUCAACAGAGUAUUUUCCAAUAGCCAACAAAGAGGUUUUGCCAAAAAGGUCUGCGUCCGCUCAAGGUGCUGGGAUGCCUGCAUGGUGGUGGAUGGUGGGACGUCCUUCGAGUUUAAUGAUGGUGCCAUUGCUACAAUCAGCUUAAACGAGGAGGACCUGUUGCGAACGGUCAUUCUUGAUUAAAUCCUUUGACACGUCAAACUCUAUUUAUUGAAGACUGAAUAAUUGUCUUUUAAGCCGGACUUUGAGAUGGACAGCAGGUUCUUUAAGCACUCAGUUUUAAGGGAGGAUGGAGUUUGCAGUUGAAAUGAACAUAUAUAUAAAUUUAUAUAUCAGAAUUUCACACUUCUGUAGAGUGUGCUGAAAUGAUCCUCUUGUUUGUAGAAUACAGAAAUAAACUAAAUACUUUUCCUAUCAAAUACACCAGCAUUAUAUUGUCACAUCACUAGAUCAGCCAUCAGUGUGUUAGAAAUGUGAUGCAAUUGUUUAAGAUCGUGUACUCAAAGAUAACUGAAUACUGUUGUGCCAAACAUGCACAGAAGUAUUUUGUAAAUGUAGAAAUAAAAAAUGUCUGAAACGGCAACCU